AUGGCCGCUCCUCAGGAAACUCAGGGCACUCUCAAGAUUGAGAACACCGACAAGCGUGACACCCUCAUUGCUUCCGAGAAGAAGUACCAGCAACAGUGGAAGCAAGACAACAUCUUCCAAGCCGAUGCCCCUACUCUCCAAGAUGUUCCCUUCCAUUCAAUCACUCCUGCAGAGCUCCGCGAGCAGCAGCCCAAGCAGUUCUCCACCAUGGCUUACCCCUACAUGAACGGUAUUCUCCACGCUGGUCACGCUUUCACAGUCUCCAAGGUCGAAUUCGCUACUGGAUGGGCCCGCAUGGAGGGCAAGAGAGCCCUGUUCCCCCAAGGAUACCACUGCACCGGUAUGCCUAUCAAGUCAUGCGCCGACAAGCUGGCUCGCGAGAUGGAAAUGUUCGGCAAGAACUUCGAGAACUACAAGGAGGAGGACGCCGAGGAGGAUGCUGUCCCCGCACCCACACAAGAGACCACCAAGGCCGACAUUACCAAGUUCAGCGCAAAGAAGAGCAAGGCCGCAGCCAAGGCUGUCUCGAUGAAGUACCAGUUCCAGAUCAUGGGUGCUCUCGGUAUCCAAAAGGACGAGAUUCACCAGUUCGCCGACCCAAACCACUGGCUCGAUCAUUUCCCUGCUCUCUGCGAGCGCGAUUUGACAAACAUUGGUGCAAGAGUCGAUUUCAGAAGAAGCAUGGUUACAACCGACAGAAACCCCUACUACGACGCUUUCGUUCGCUGGCAAAUGAACCGUCUGAAGGAGUUGGGCAAGAUCAAGUUCGGCAAACGUUAUACCGUAUACUCCCCCAAGGACGGACAAGCCUGUAUGGAUCACGACAGAAGCUCGGGUGAGGGUGUCGGUGUUCAGGAAUACACUGCUCUGAAGCUCAAGGUCCAAGAAUGGGCCGAGCCCGCACAAAAGAUCCUUGCUGGCAAGCUACCAGAAAACGCCAACGUCUACUUUGUCCCCGCUACUCUUCGUCCUGAGACCAUGUACGGCCAGACAUGCUGUUUCGUCGGCCCCAAGAUCGUCUAUGGAAUUUACAAGGUCUCCGAGAACGAGUACUACUUCGUUUCGGAGAGAGCUGCUCGCAACAUGGCUUUCCAGGGUAUCUUCCCCGAAUGGGGCGUCUUCCCCAAGGUCGCCGACUUGGAGGGCUCCGACGUUGUUGGCACUCUCAUCAACGCCCCUCUUUCCGUCUAUGAGAACGUCCGUAUCCUGCCUAUGGAGACCGUCAAGGCUUCCAAGGGUACCGGUGUUGUUACCUGUGUCCCCUCGGACUCUCCCGAUGACUACAUCACCAUCCAGGAUUUGGUCAAGAAGGCCGACUACUACAAGAUCAAGAAGGAGUGGGCCGACCUCGAGCCCCUUCCCAUCAUUGAGACUCCCACCUACGGAAACUUGACUGCCAAGAAGCUGUGCGAGGACAUGAAGAUCGCCUCGCCCAAGGACACUAAGCAGCUUGCUGAGGCCAAGGAUCUUGCUUACAAGGAGGGCUUCUACAAGGGUACCAUGUGCUACGGUGAGCACAAGGGUAAGUCUGUCGAGGAGGCCAAGCCUCUUGUCAGACAGACUCUCAUCGACGCUGGCAACGCCUUCAACUACGCCGAACCUGAUGGCGAGGUCAUGUCUCGUUCUGGUGAUUCAUGUGUCGCUGGACACUUGGAUCAGUGGUACUUGAACUACGGAAAGUCUGGUGACGAGCCAUGGCAACAAGAGGUCCUUGGCCACGUCAACGGCGAGCUUAACACAUUCUCCACUGAGGCCAAGAACGCCUUCCAACAGACUCUCGACUGGCUAGGUCAAUGGGCUUGCGCUCGUUCUUUCGGCCUCGGCUCGAAGCUUCCCUGGGAUCAAAAGUUCCUGGUUGAAUCUCUCUCCGAUUCUACCAUCUACCCCUCGUACUACACAAUCGCCCACUACUUGCACUCUGACAUUUACGGAGACUCUCAGGGUAUUGGCAAGAUCUCUGCUGAGCAAAUGACAGAUGAGGUUUGGGAUUACAUCUUCACCCGCCGUGAGGACGUCGAGAGCGACAUUCCUAAGGAGACCCUCCAGACUAUGCGCAGAGAGUUCGAGUACUGGUACCCUCUCGAUGUCAGAAUUUCUGGUAAGGAUCUCAUCCAGAACCACUUGACCUUCUUCCUGUACAUCCACGUCGCCCUCUUCCCUCGCGAGUACUGGCCUCGUGGUAUCCGUGCCAACGGACAUCUUCUUUUGAACGGUGAGAAGAUGAGCAAGAGUACCGGCAACUUCCUUACCCUGUACGAUGCCACCAAGAAGUUCGGUGCCGACGCCACCCGUGUGUCUCUUGCCGAUGCCGGAGACUCGAUUGAGGACGCCAACUUCGAGGAGACUGUCGCCAAUGCCAUCAUCCUCAAGCUCUUUGAGUUGAGAAAGUGGUGCGAGGAGACCGUCCAAGGUGUUCGCGUGCUCAAGGACGGCGAGAACUACGUCGAGGUCAACAAGAACGAGCGUCUCAAGAACAACGACUCCGUCCAGCGCACUGGCGAGAGAUCCUUCUGGGACGACAUCUUCGAGAACGAACUCAACGGCCUGGUCCGUGAGACCAGAGAACACUACUCUGCCACCAACUACAAGUCAGCCCUCAAGUCUGGCUUCUACGACUUCACCAGCGCCCGCGACUUCUACCGCGAAAUCACCAAGUCUUCAGGCAUCGGUAUGCACCAAGAUCUUGUGCGCAAGUAUGUCGAGCUCCAAGCCUUGAUGAUCACCGUCAUCGCUCCCCAUUGGUCCGAAUAUAUCUGGCUCGAAGUCCUCAACAAGCCCACCACUGUGCAAAACGAGCUCUUCCCCCAGGUUCCCGCCACCAAGCCCGAGCUCACUGCCGCUCGCGAGUACGUGCGCCAAACCAGUGGUAACAUCACAUCCGCAGAGGGCGCACAGCUCAAGCGCAUGGCCAAGGGCAAAGCCACAAACUACGACCCCAAGCAACCCAAGAAACUCACCAUCUUCAUGGCCACCGAGUACCCCUCCUGGCAAUCCAACGUCAUUGACCUGGUGCGCUCUGCCUUUGACGGCUUGAGCAUCGACAUGAAGGCACUCAGCAAACAAGUCCCCAAAGCCGAUUCCAAGAAAGCCAUGCCGUUUAUUCAGACCUUGAAAAAGAGCUUGGAAGAAGGUGUUGAUGCCAACACUGUGUUUGAGCGCAAGCUUGCUUACAACGAGGCUGAUGUGCUUGCUCAGAUGGUGCCUGGAUUGAUGAGCACGGUGCAGAGAUGUGUGUGCGUUGAAGUCAUUGAGGUCAAGCAGGGAGGUAAGAGUGGUAAGGUUGUUGCUGGACAGGGUGAGGCUGCUGCUGCCAAGGGUAUCGAGGUGCCCGAGUUGCCGCUCCAGGCUGAGAAUGCUGUGCCUGCAAACCCCACUUUCUUCUUCUCGAACAUCUAA